UGUCAUGUUGGACACUGGACUGUCAAUCAUGACUAAGACCACUCCCCUUUCUAAGGUAUAUAAGGACCUGUGACUCUCUUUUCCCUCCAAACCAAACCAGGCAGAACAAAGAGUAUUAAUUGACAGUCAUCAGCUUGUUCUUCUCUGUGUCAGCCAAUCACCACCUCAGCAAAAUGACGUCAGUCUUUCCGUUGGCUGUGUUGCUCUGUUUGUCCAGCGGACUGUUGGCUGCAUAUGAUGCACCUUCCUGCCCUACUGGUUGGACUCAGUUUGGCUCUCGCUGUUUCAGUUUCAACAUCGGACCAAAGAGUUGGCCCGAUGCAGAGACCUUCUGCCAGACUGCUGGUGGGCAUCUGGCUUCCAUCCACUCAAAUGAGGAACAUAUAUUUAUCAGGAACUACAUUAAGGGAGUGUCCGGUUCAUACAGGCAUUCCUGGAUCGGAGGCACUGACGCAGUGCAGGAGGGUACGUGGUUGUGGUCUGAUGGAUCCAAAAUGACCUACAAAAGCUGGAAUGCGGGGGAGCCUAACAACGCUGGUGGAGCGGAGAACUGUCUUGAAAUGAACUGGGGUGGAGAAAACUGGAACGAUGGGGCUUGUACCAACCAGCUUCCUUUCGUGUGCUCCAAGAACCUAAAACUGGAAAGACGCACGUUGUACCUACCAGGCUUCUUUCGUGUGCUUCAAGAACACUUUCUUCAAUGUGGGGCAGCCUGACAAUGCCGGUGGAGCGGAGAACUGUCUUGAGAUUAACUUUGAAGCAAACUGGAACGACUGGGCUUGUACCAACCAGGCUUCUUUAGUGUGCUCCAAGAACCUGUGUGUGUAACUCUAACCCACCAUCAUGAUGCCUCUACAGCUCAUCUAUAAUCUCUAUCAUUGAUUCUCUUUCAGUUUGUACAGCAGACAGAAACAGCUCUCUGCUGACAGAUGACUCACUUUCACUUGUUUAUUAUUUGAAGAGUUAGGGAACAGUUCACAUUUGGGUUUAAAAUUAGACAGAAACUGGCUCACUGAGCUGGACAAAAACAAAUCAGUAAUUGGACUUUUAAUCUACAGUAAAUAAC